AUGGAGGCAGAUGAGCUGGGCGACAAUGACAGCACGUUCGGCGGAGAUAGAGAUUCGCUGGCGAGCAGUUCCACAAGUUUGGUCUYCGCCGUCACGAGAUAUCAGUUUGAGCAUGGCCGUCGCUAUCAUGGCUACAAUGCCGGCAAAUACAAUUUCCCCAACGACGAGCUGGAGCUCAAUAGAAUGGACAUUGAACACCACAAUCAAAAGCUGCAACUAGAUGGCGCAUUGCAUUUGUGUCCACUCGAUAAUCCCAAGGAGAUAUUAGAUCUAGGAACGGGUACUGGAAUCUGGGCCAUAGACUUUGCAGACGAGCGCCCCGAUUGUCAGGUCAUUGGUAUUGACCUGAGUCCCGUGCAGCCCAGCUGGAUCCCGCCUAAUUGCAAGUUUGAGGUCGAUGACUUUGAAGAGGACUGGACAUAUGGCGAGUCUCGCUUCGACAUGAUACAUGGUCGAUUCUUAUUUGGAUCCGUAUCCUCGUUCCCGAACCUGUACAAGGAAGUUUAUAAUGCACUUAAACCCGGCGGUUGGUUUGAGAUUGUCGAGAUGGAAUGCGGGACAUUCUCUGACGACGACUCACUGAAACCUGAUGCUGCUAGUAAGCAAUGGUGGGACUGUCUGGAAGAUGCUUUUGCAAAAUUGGGCAAACGCAUGCCUAAAAUCGCCGAGUAUCCUCGCUGGAUGGAGGAGGCGGGAUUCGUCAAUGUGACGUCUACGAUGAAGAAACGCCCGACGAAUGACUGGCCAAAGGAUCCACGCAUGAAAGAAAUUGGACGAUAUUCAUGUCUGAACUUUUUGGAAGGUCUUGAAGGAUUCUCCAUGAAGCCUUUUACUCUCGCUCUUGGUUGGACCCCAGAGGAGGUGAAAAUUUUGUUGGCAAAGGUCAGGAAAGAAACUGUAACGAGAAAGAUUCAUGGAUGGCAGAAAGGAAUUGUAUGUUAUGGGCAGAAACCUCUCUUGCCGCAAUGA